AAAUUCACCUUGUUGUUGUGAUUUGUGUUGAUAAAUAAAUUGUAUUUAUGUUUGAAACAGAUUCAUAUUCCAGAAAUGGCCAAUCAAAUUAUGAAUAAAUUUUGUUCAAAACCACAAAUAUGGCAACGAUUGAUGACACAAAUCAAUCCUAUUCGAUCACUUUCAUCUGAUCAUCAAUUGGAUAAACAUUCAGCCAACAAAACUCAACCAUUAUCAAAGGCUGAUAUACAGAAAAUCGAUGAAUUUGUCGAUGUUGAAACACAUACCGGACAGAAAUUUGAACAAAAUGACUACCGUCUGUCACGUUUUAUUGGUGGUAAAUCGAAAAAGGUGAAUACACGUUUUGCUCGUGAUCUGAUUGCGGAAAUACCACCAACAGCUGUAAAAGGACGAAAAGUAGUUUGUGAUGGUGGUGGUGGACCAUUAGGACAUCCAAAAGUAUUUAUCAAUUUAGAUCAACCAGGAAAUCAUACAUGUGGCUAUUGUGGUCUACGUUUUUAUCAAGAACAUUCUGAUCAUCAUCAUUAGUGUGAAACCUUGAAAUUUGUCAAUAAAAAAUGUUCUCUGUUAUAUGUAAUUUGAAUUCAA